CCCCCCCCCCCCCCCUCGUUGGAUUCUCCGCCCGCGCCGCCGUCCUCUUCCUCCGCCUCCCCCCCGUAUUUCUCUCCGCCCCCCACCCGCCACCUACCUGCCAUUGCACUCUCCUCCUCCUCUGCCUCUCCCGGAGGCCGCCUCCUCCGCCGGUUUAUCACUUGAAAAGUCAAUUGCAGAUCAGUGCCGACACUCCGCGGACUAGUAGCUUUGUGUAAGGCUGGGAAAUAUGAAUCCUUAUUUCAUCGGCUUCGCUAUCCCUUUUCUGGCAUCUCUGCUGUUCACCAAGAGGAAGGGUGAAAAGAAAAGGGGAGUGCCGGUUGAUGUGGGCGGAGAGCCCGGCUAUGUGAUCCGUAACCACAAGUUCGAGCGGCCCGUUGAAACGCACUGGGAAGGGGUUUCCACGCUUGCGGAGCUGUUUGAGCAGUCCUGCGAGCAGUAUGUCUACAUGCCACUCCUUGGCACCAGAAAGCUCAUUUCGAGGGAAAUGGAGGCAGCCCGCGAUGGGAGGUCCUUUGAGAAGCUUCAUUUGGGGCAGUAUGAGUGGAAAAGCUAUGCUGAUGCAUUCAAGACUGUCUGCAACUUCUCAUCUGGUUUAGUGCGAAUUGGGCACCAGAGGGAUGAGCGUGUUGCUAUUUUCGCCGAUACACGGGCCGAGUGGCAGAUUGCAUUGCAGGCAUGCUUCAGACAAAGUAUUACGGUUGUCACCAUUUAUUCCUCCUUGGGCGAGGGAGCGUUAUGUCACUCACUAAACGAGACUGAGGUAACUACUGUGAUAUGUGGAAGGAAAGAACUGAAAAAACUUCUUGACAUAAGUGGGCAACUUGAUACUGUGAAACAUGUCAUCUACGUAAACGAGGAAGGCGUCUCUAGUGAAGUAUCCUUAGCUCAAAAAUGCACCAGCUGGAGGGUUGAGUCAUUUGAGGAGGUAGAGAGGUUAGGAUUGGAAACACCUGUAGAAGCAAAGCUGCCUCUUCCGUCAGAUACUGCGGUGAUAAUGUAUACAAGUGGCAGCACUGGAAUGCCCAAGGGAGUCAUGAUGAGCCAUCGCAAUGUCCUGGCUGUUGUAUCAGCUGUUAUGACCAUUGUGCCUGCACUUGGCAAGAAGGAUGUCUACUUGGCAUACCUCCCAUUAGCACACAUUCUUGAAUUAGCAGCUGAGACAGUUAUGUCUGCUGUUGGGGCUUCUAUAGGGUAUGGAUCACCACUGACCCUGACUGAUACAUCAAAUAAAAUAAAGAAGGGGACUCAGGGCGAUGCUUCAGCUCUGAAGCCAACACUUAUGACUGCAGUACCUGCUAUACUUGAUCGUGUUCGUGAUGGUGUUAGAAAAAAUGUUGAUGCAAAGGGUGGUGCAGCAAAGAAACUAUUUGAUAUUGCCUAUAGCCGUCGGUUAGCUGCUAUCAAUGGAAGUUGGUUUGGUGCAUGGGGAUUAGAGAAGCAUUUGUGGGAUAUGCUUGUCUUUCAGAAGGUGCGUGCGAUCUUGGGAGGAAGGAUUCGAUUUAUACUUUCAGGUGGAGCACCUCUGUCUGGAGAUACUCAGAGAUUUAUCAAUAUAUGCCUUGGGGCUCCAAUAGGGCAAGGAUAUGGUCUUACUGAAACAUGUGCUGGCGGGACAUUUUCCGAGUAUGAUGACAAUUCUGUUGGCCGUGUUGGUGCUCCAUUGCCUUGCUCAUACAUUAAGUUGAUAGAUUGGGCUGAAGGUGGAUAUUUAACUAAUGAUUCACCAAUGCCUCGGGGUGAAAUAGUUAUUGGAGGUCCAAACGUGACAAAAGGCUACUUUAAGAAUGAGGCAAAAACAAAUGAAGUCUACAAGGAUGAUGAAAGAGGCAUGCGGUGGUUCUAUUCUGGUGACAUUGGACGUUUGCAUCCAGAUGGUUGCCUUGAAAUUAUUGACCGUAAGAAGGACAUAGUCAAGCUUCAACAUGGUGAAUAUGUAUCUUUAGGAAAGGUGGAGGCUGCUUUGAGUGUGUGCCCAUAUGUUGACAACAUCAUGAUCCAUGCUGACCCCUUCCACAACUACUGCGUUGCACUUGUUGUAGUUGCACACAGUGAACUGAAAAGCUGGGCCUCACAACAAGGCAUCACGUAUUCGGAUGUUUCAGAUUUGUGUGAGAAGCAAGAGACUGUCAAAGAAGUCCUUCAAUGUUUAGCAAAGGCUGCCAAGCAAGCGCGGCUGGAGAAGUUUGAGAUCCCAGCCAAAGUCAAGCUGGUGCCGGAGCCAUGGACCCCAGAGUCAGGACUCGUCACGGCUGCCCUCAAGCUCAAGAGGGAGGCCAUCAAGAAGGCGUACGAGGAUGACCUUGCGGCGUUAUACAGCUAAAGUUGCCGCUGCAUUCUGUUUUUCUGAUACUGAAGAAAAAUCAACAGCACGAGUUCUGUCUCGUGGCAAUAACAAAAUUUUCUUUCCUAGUUUCGAAACAUCCAAAAACCACUGUUUUUGCAAUGGCAUCAGUGGGUAGCGAUGAAACAGAUGUAGGUCAAUGCAUUUGGAAGAAGCAUUCCUGAAAUGGGGAACAGGUAGAUUUGGAAUUCUGUGGUAUUGGCCUUGUUUCUUGUAAAUUACCUGAGAUUUUCUUAGCUCUUUGAGAGGUUAUCUGAGAUUUUCGGUACAAGAGAUGCUGCAAUAGGGUAAUGAAUUGAGUCAACAAUAGUUA